AGUCUCAGACGAAGCCUAUAUCAAUACAAUAAUUGACAAUGAAGAAAAGCAUCCUUUAUUUUAUUUCUUUUUUUUCUUUUUUUUUUUUUGCUUAGCGCGUAUAUGAUGAAGAAUAUUUAUUGACGUAAGGCAAGGGGGAAUCAAAGGAAACAUCAUAUUUGGUCUAUUGUAUGAUCGAUGUCCAUGACUACACCUACAUUUAGAUGUACCGAUAAAAGUCCCAUCACAUCAUAUAAAUAACUUGAAGAGCAUCAACAUGAUUGUUUUAGAUCUAUAAGGAAAUGUUGACUUAUACAAUCAAAUUGAACUAUAGGGCGGAUGGAAUGUAAAUGAUACCCUAUAUAUAAAAGAUGUAUGUUUUAUCAUUAAUUCCAGUAUAAUUUUGUAUUACGCAAGUCUUAAGGAAAACUAGAAUCUUUAAUUAAAAGUCUUUUUGAAGGACUUCUAUGGGACAGGAGUAUGAUUACAAAUUUAGUUUUAAUCACUUCAAGUCUGCUUAAUAGCAGUUCCACAUUGAAAACCACAAUCGUUUCUCUAAAGGAUAACAAGUGUUUGCAAAGCGAUGGAACAAGACAAUGUUGCUCAAGUUUUUAUGAGGAGAAUAACGCAUGCCAUGAAUGUAUAGGGUCAUAUGGUGUUAACUGCUCACACCCCUGUAAGCCGGGAUUUUUUGGACCAAAGUGUGCCUUUAAAUGCAACUGUUUGAACAACACGUGUGACAGAAUACACGGUUGUUUUGAAGAUGUGACAAAAGGUCCAGUAAAAGAUUUGGACUUCUUCGGGCAUCUAAAAUUUCACUGGAUGGUUUUCCUUGUGAUUUUUAUAUUUACAUUUAUUCUGCUCGUAUGUGGCAUUGUAACCUUGAAAGGUAGAAACAUAAAAAGAAGACAGAAAAGACAGCUAGCUCAAAGAAAUAACUACACAAUGACCAUUUUUUGUGACCAAGCAAGUGUUUAUACAGAAAUGGUAGUCACACCACAUGCAUCAACUGAAUACCUGAACGCGUCUUUCCAGACACAGCCGAUUGAUAAUGUACCAAGUUGUGUUUCCACUGGAGAAUAUCUUAGGAUGGAUGUCACAUCGCAGACUUCUACUGAAUAUCUGAACGCUUCUUUUCAGCCAAACACAAUUGAUAAUGUUUCUGAAUACAUCUGAAAAGGGGGAAAAUGGAUUUGUAGUAUACUUUUGAAAAGGUUUAUAACAAACUGGGGUGUCUUUGGUUUGUUUCAAAAUUGUAACUUGCAAAUGGCAAAAUUGUAAUGUUUGUUUUUAGUUAAAGCUGCUUUUGUUCU